AUGGCUGUCGCCGAAACUGAGAAGUUCCUCCACCUCUCGCGGCCCAUCGCGCCGGCGACGGUUGGCCUUCAGGGCACUAUUGCCCCGCUCACCGUCAACAUCCAACCCCAGGCCAUCCUGUCCAUUCUCGACCAUGCCGUUCGAAGAGACAUCCGCGAUACGCAAUCAACCCGCGUUAUCGGCGCCCUCGUCGGUGUCCGCUCCGAAGAUGGCACCGAGGUCGAAGUGCGCUCCUGCUUCGCCAUCCCUCACACCGAGAAUGAGGACCAGGUCGAGGUGGACGUCGACUACCAGAAGAACAUGCUCGCCCUCACCCUCAAGGCCUCCCCGCGCGAGUCCCUGCUGGGUUGGUACACCACCACCCACGAGCUCAACUCCUUCUCCGCCCUGAUCCAGAACUUCUUCGCCUCCCCGGACACCGGCACCUUCCCCCACCCCGCCGUCCACCUGACCAUCAGCACCGACCCGACCGCCGAAAUCGAGGCCCGCUGCUACAUCUCCGCCCCCGUCGCCGUCAACGCCGAGCGCGCUGCCGAAAGCUGCCUCUUCAUCCAGGUGCCCCACAAGCUCAUGUACGGCGACGCCGAGCGCAGCGCCCUCGAGGCUAUCUCCAUGGCCAAGGACAACGAGGACCGCGUCGCCCCCGUCGUCUCCGACAUCGAGGGCCUCGCCCGCUCCAUCGAGCAGGGUACCAACCUGAUCGAGCGCGUCAGCGAGUGGGUCAACGGCAUCCUCGACGAGGACGAGGAGCCCAACCACGCCCUCGGCCAGUACCUCAUGAACGCCCUGUCUCUCGCCCCCAAGGUCGACCCCUCCCAGAUCGAGCACGACUUCAACAACCACAUCCAGGACGUCCUCAUGGUCUCCUACCUCGCCAACACCAUCCGCACCCAGAUCGACCUGUCGCAAAGGCUGGCGACGGCCAACCUCACCGGUGGCGAGAAGGAUGGCGAGGGCAAGGCGGCCGAGGGCGGCGAGAAGGGCGAGCAGCGGGGUCAGCGUGGUGGCAAGCGUGGUGGACGUGGCGGCGGCCGUGGUGGUGGCCAGAACAGAGAGCCCAGAGAGCCUCGGGAGCCCCGCGAGCCGAGGGAACCCACGGAGUAA